AUGUCUGCUAUGGACCUUGACGCUCCGGUGUCUAUUGCUCCUCAAAUAAGAGGCGAACAGACAAAUGCAACAAUUCUUUGCUGCAACUGUGGCGCUCCUAUCGAUGGCACGAUUUCAGCUGGUGCUCUCUGUUACGACUGCGUGAAGACGACUGUCGAUGUAUCCCAAGGCAUCCAACGCGAGGCCACCUUACAUUUCUGCAGAGAUUGCGACCGUUGGCUCUUGCCCCCCGGGAGUUGGAUUGUGGCGGCACGCGAAUCCAGAGAACUCCUCGCCCUCUGCCUAAAGAAACUACGAGGUCUACACAAAGUCAGGAUUAUUGACGCAAGCUUCAUUUGGACGGAGCCGCAUUCUCGGAGAGAAAAGGUCAAACUCACCAUCCAAGAUUCGGUAUCUGAAGGCGUCGUUCUGCAACAGUCUUUCGAGGUGGAAUAUGUCGUUGCCUACCAGCAAUGUCCCGACUGUGCGAAAUCCUACACUGCGAAUACUUGGAGAGCUUGCGUACAAGUCCGACAAAAGGUCCCUCAUAAGCGAACUUUCCUCUUCUUGGAACAACUCAUUCUCAAGCACAGCGCACACAAGGACACGAUCAAUAUCAAGGAGGUAAAAGAUGGGUUGGAUUUCUAUUACUCAGCACGAAACCAAGCCGAGAAGUUCGUCGACUUCUUGACUUCGGUUACACCAGUUCGAUCCAAGAAAUCCCAAGAACUCAUAUCCAUGGAUAUCCACACAUCUACGAGCUCCUACAAAUUUACAUUCUCGGUGGAAUUGGUACCGAUAUGCAAGGAUGAUUUGGUCGCGUUACCUAUAAAAUUGGCAAAGCAGACUGGCAACAUUCUCCCUCUUGGUCUUUGCUACAGAGUAGGAACCUCUGUAAACAUUCUCGACCCAAGCACUCUCCAAACAGCCGACAUCAGCACCCCCAUAUAUUGGCGUGCUCCCUUCCACUCUCUCGCAAACGUUACAGAACUUACUGAAUUCAUCAUCAUGGACAUUGAGCCCACCGGUGCAUCAAAAGGAAAAUGGUUACUCGCCGAAGCAACAGUAGCCCGCGCCUCAGAUCUCGGCUCAAAUGACAGGACCUAUUACACCCGAACCCAUCUCGGAAACGUCCUACACCCUGGUGACUCAGUGAUGGGCUAUAUGCUAACCGGCACGAACUUCAACAGCCCGCAGUUCGACGCCCUCGAAGAAUCCAACACGUACUCCUCGCAGAUUCCCGACGUAAUGCUCGUCAAGAAGUUCUAUGCACGCAAGAAGAAGUCCAAGAACCGUAACUGGCGCCUCAAGCGUAUGGCUAGGGAUGACGGGGACUUGUUACCGAAGAAGGCGGAUCAAGAGAAGAUGGAUAAGGAUUACGAGAUGUUUUUGAGGGAUGUAGAGGAAGAUACUGAGUUGAGGGCUACAAUGGCGUUGUAUAAAGCGCAACAACAGGCGAAGAAGGAAGCUGAUGAAAUGAGUGUGGUCGAGACGGAGGAUGGGGAGGACGAGACGCCCCAGAUUGAUAUGGAGGAGUUGCUGGAUGAGUUUGAUGAGCUUAAUGUCAAGGAUAACCUCUGA